AUGAAAUAAAGAUAUUGUGUCCAUCAACAACUAAAAAAAUAAAUAUUAAAAGAAUCAGAGGCUUGACUUGUGAAGGACAGAUAGCUACCAUUUACCAUUUACUGAGAACUUCCUAUACAUCAAGCAUCAUGUCAGUCUCUUUACAUCUAAUUUACAUUUGUUUUUUUAUCACCCCGAGAGGUAGUUUUUGGUCUUAUGUCUUUUAUAAAUGAGGAAACUGACCUAGGGAGAAGUUAAAUGAAUUGUCCUGAGUCACAUAACUAGGAAAUAAUGGAAUUAAGAUUCACUUUUAGCCUUGUCAGCCUCUAAUAUCCAUGCCUUUAACCAUCAGUGCUAUAAAGGGCACAGAGAUAUAUAUCAGGCAUCCUCAAUCGCUUAAGUAUGACCUCACAGUAAACUCAGGCUAGACACAUAAACUCAGGGACAACACAUAAAAAGUUGGUAGUCUUCACUUGUGUUGCUGUCAGCCUGCACUAUAAGUAAACCAGAGUAACCGUAAAUUCCCGUCCUGCGGGCUUCAACUGGGAGUGGUCUCAUAAUGCCUUUAGGGUGAAGGAUGAUUGCCAACAUAAGGAGGACAAGCAGAGGGGUGGACCAUCAAAUAAAAACAGAAUUUCAGUACAAAACUUUAGAGAGCAGAGAUGCUGUAUGUACUGAUAGAGGCACAGAGGGACCGGCUCAAGAAACUGCAGAAAGACAAUGAACUGAUAAAACCAGAGUCUAGAAUUAUAUCAAAAGACAAAAGAGGCCAGGGGACUGAGCCAUCUGAAAUAAGUAUAAUUGGACAACACGUCACCAAGGAGCCUAUUUCUUCCCUCUUGAAACCCCUGAUACAAGGUUCAGAAUGGUUCACAUUGAGUCCAGAAGAGAAAUUGGCUUGGGCUAAAGCAUCUAAAGACCCUAGGAUUGCUGCAGAUCAACAUUCUCCACUGGAGAAAAAGAUAUUGAAUCUAGGUGGUGUGCAUACAACAGCAGCAAGACACUUGAUGAGUAGAAAAUGUCAAGAAGAGUAUGAAACACUCUGUAGGGAACAAGCUGUUUCUCUUGACUACUGGCUUGCCAAAGCAGAGUCUUAUUAUAAUAAAAGAUUAGUGGAAAUGUUGAAAGAAGAGAAGACUGGCAAUGAAAUGAAUACAGAAAUGGAGGAGAAAACAACCCAAAGCAUAGAGGGACAAAAACAGUACUAUUGGGUACCUGAGAGAGAGAGGAAACAGAUACAAAGGCACAUACAUCGAACAGGCCAGGCCAGAGAAUUUAAAAGCAAAACAUUUAGACAACCAAGAUCCCUCAGUGCAACAAUAUUACCAAAAAUUAAGCCAGAAAAGCAUAGCAUCCCAACAGCACAGAGAAGAAAGCAGGUAAAUGAGAGAGAACAGAUGCAAAUUAAAGAUCAUCAAGAACGCAUGAUUCGAGGGAGAGAACUUAUAGAGCAAAAACUCAAGGAAAGGAUUUUGAGGAAAAGUCAGAGCCAGCUACCUACAUAUGAGAAGCAAGAGAGAAUACAGAAAGAGGUAAAAGAGUUUGAAAGAGUUAUUGCAUAUCCACUUUUCCAGCCUCGCAAUAGAAGUCGGAUUAAGGUGAAUAUUCUUAUGGAAAAGCAUCAGAAUACAGAGGAAGUGGAUACAAUUAUAAAGCCACAUCAAAGAAGAUUCUUGGUUGUGCCACCCUUUUUGAAAAGCCAAAUAAGGAAAAUAAAAGAUUAGUAAAGUUUCAAUGCUUUUGUGAUGAAAUCAUACCUCUUAAAUGAACCUUAAUUUCUUAA